AGCCGGAGGAGGGAGAAGGGCGGAGAGGAGGAGGAGGAGGAGGCCGAGGGAAGAUGGCGGCGGUGGAGUUGGAGUGGAUCCCCGAGACGCUCUACAACACCGCCAUCUCCGCCGUGGUGGACAACUACGCCCGCUCCCGCCGCGACAUCCGCUCCCUGCCGGAGAACAUCCAGUUCGAUGUCUACUACAGGCUUUAUCAACAAGGCCGUUUGUGUCAACUGGGUAGUGAAUUCUGUGAACUAGAAAUUUUUGCUAAGGUCUUGCGAGCAAUAGAUAAAAGGCAUCUUCUCCACCACUGUUUUCAGGCAUUAAUGGAUCAUGGGGUGAAAGUUGCCUCCGUUCUAGCUUAUUCAUUCAGUAGACGGUGCUCUUACAUAGCAGAAUCAGAUGCCGCUGUUAAAGAGAAAGCAAUCCAGAUUGGCUUUGUUUUAGGAGGUUUCCUUUCCGAUGCAGGCUGGUACAGUGAUGCAGAAAAGGUCUUCCUGUCCUGCCUUCAGUUGUGUACUUUACACGAUGAAAUGCUUCAUUGGUUUCGGGCCGUAGAAUGUUGCGUAAGGUUGCUGCACGUCCGAAAUGGAAACUGUAAAUAUCAUUUGGGUGAAGAAACAUUCAAGUUAGCUCAGUCUUAUAUGGACAAACUUGCAAAACACGGUCAGCAGGCCAACAAAGCAGCGCUCUAUGGGGAACUGUGUGCAUUACUCUUCGCAAAAAGCCACUACGAUGAGGCAUACAAGUGGUGUAUAGAAGCCAUGAAGGAGAUCACAGUGGGCUUGCCAGUCAAAGUAGUAGUGGAUGUUUUAAGACAAGCUUCAAAGGCUUGUGUAGUGAAACGUGAGUUUAAGAAAGCAGAACAGCUAAUAAAACAUGCCGUGUAUCUAGCAAGGGAGCAUUUUGGAGCCAAACACCCAAAAUAUUCUGACACCCUACUAGAUUAUGGAUUUUAUUUACUCAAUGUAGAUAACAUUUGCCAGUCUGUUGCCAUUUAUCAGACAGCCCUUGAUAUUCGACAGUCAGUGUUUGGAGGCAAAAAUAUCCACGUAGCAACAGCUCAUGAAGACCUGGCUUAUUCUUCUUACGUCCACCAGUAUAGCUCUGGAAAAUUUGACAAUGCACUAUUCCACGCAGAACGUGCUAUUGGUAUCAUCACUCAUAUUCUUCCGGAAGAUCAUCUUCUGUUGGCCUCCUCUAAGAGGGUGAAAGCACUCAUCCUAGAGGAGAUUGCGAUUGACUGUCAUAAUAAGGAAACUGAACAGAGGCUCCUUCAAGAAGCUCAUGAUUUGCACCUGUCUUCACUCCAGCUGGCCAAGAAAGCUUUUGGGGAAUUCAAUGUUCAAACAGCAAAACACUAUGGCAACCUUGGAAGACUUUAUCAGUCAAUGAGAAAAUUUAAGGAGGCAGAAGAAAUGCACAUCAAGGCAAUUCAGAUUAAAGAGCAACUUCUUGGUCAAGAGGAUUAUGAAGUAGCCUUAUCAGUUGGACAUCUAGCUUCUUUGUAUAACUACGACAUGAAUCAAUAUGAAAAUGCUGAGAAACUUUAUUUGAGAUCAAUAGCAAUUGGGAAGAAACUGUUUGGUGAAGGUUACAGUGGACUAGAAUACGAUUACAGAGGUCUCAUUAAACUGUACAACUCAGUUGGCAAUUACGAGAAAGUCUUCGAGUACCACAACAUCCUCGCCAACUGGAACCGGUUAAGGGAUCGGCAGUUUUCAGUGACCGACGCCCUGGAAGACGUAAGCACCAGCCCACAGUCCACCGAAGAAGUGGUGCAGUCUUUCCUGAUGUCCCAGAAUGUCAAUGGACACAGCUGCUGAGGGAGCGAGGGAGGACGUCAGUUCACCAAUAUACCUUUUCCCAGAUUUUCGGGGGAAAUUCAUACUGUGAAAUCAAAACCAUGGUUUUCCGGGGCUGGAGUUUGCAUCGAAACACUGGUCCAGUCGAUUGAAGAUACCGUGUGGGUGUUCCCUGUCUCAUACGGUGCCCGUAGACAUAGGCAUGGAUGCAGUUCUUUUCCGCAUGUAUGGCAUGUGUAGUAGUGUGGCUCACAUUUUUGACCUAGUAGGAAAAAAAAACACCAGAAAACCCUAUGUUUGUUUUUUUCUUUUAAAAAGUAAUUUGCAGAGAGCCUGCAAGGAAAAAAAAAAUAAAACAGCUAAACGAGUUUAAAAAGAGUUGCAUUCUAAUUUGAAAGGAUGAUCUUACCAAGUGUUUUUAACAAGAAAUAAUUCUUCCUUGUGGAGGUAUUCAAUCCUGUAUCGUCAAAGGAUUUGAUGAGCAAUUGGUGUUUAUAUGCAAUAUUGUAGAAGUCAUGCUUAGAGAGAUGUUUUAACUUAGGUUUGGCUGCCUUACUCAAGGGAUGUGAGGAAGAUCCACUCCAGAAAACUUGCUUAUUGUGAACCACGCUCUAGUGACAGGGGCGAACUGUUCAAUCAUCUGAACUGGACCAGUGUUUAUUUGUAAGUAAUAGAUCCGCAGUUAUGGCUUUAAUUUGGUACAGCAAUGCGAAAAGCUCUAAUAACUCUUCGUAACAGGACCAGGAAACUCGAACGGAGGACCAGCCUUUAGGGAAGGAGGUUAUUGGACCAGUGGCUUUAAACUUUAGUCGUUCGUUUUGUCCCCGCAUACACUUUGACCAGAAGGAUGAUUUCGUUUAGAUGGGCGACCGGUGACAGUGCAGAAAUGGUUUUCACGUAAUAAGGUUCCAGACAAGGAGUGAAAGUCGGCCGUGGCAGUGACGACAUCUCUUUAAUUCGGAAGGGGCAGAUGUCGCCUUCGGCAAACCCGAGAUGCUCGAGAAUCGGCUGUGGCCACCUCCUGCCUCCCCGCUCCACUUUUAAAAAGGUAUAACCUGUUAAUUGAGGGAGUUACUCGCUCAUACUGGCAAGUAGUUUUGUAAAACAAUCCAGUUCUCUCUCUGGGGACUUGACAUUACUGUUCAGUAUGCAGGAGUCUGGGGAAAAAGUGCCCCGAAAGCACAAUAGAUCUUUAGUGAUGUAUUAUUUCUAGAGUAAGUCAACAGUACAAGCAGAAACUGAAAUCCUCAUUUUAGUUGCAAAGGUUUAGUCAGUUGUAAAGAUCCCUUAACUAUAUGCCUAUUUCACUUGCCUGUCUUAAUUUUUAUUUUCUGGAGCUUUUAAAAAUUGACAGCCCGGGUUAUUUAAUGUUGAGGUGAACUACAAAUGUCAUGUAGCAUACACAACUGAACAGGCCAUUUGUUUUUACCUCAGUUCUUAGCCCAAUGGCUCAAAAGGAACCUCUGUUAGGGUCAGUCUCGCUUUCUCUUCCUUAGCUAUUUUCAGGGGUUUCUAACUUGGCUGUUUCAAUUUUGCCCCCUGGCUGAAGUGUGAGGUGCUUUGUAUGGAUGGGUGUGUUUUUUGCUUCCUUAACCUGGGGGUUGCAGGAAGCAGAUGUCUGCUUAACUGUGCUUAGUACAGUGCUCUGCGCACAAUAAGCGCUCAGUAAAUGCCUUUGAUUGUGCUACCAUUGACGGUCACCAAGUUGAGUGUAAAAAUUAAAGAAAUUGGUGAUAUCAGACACUUCUUAGAGCUCCUCGUAGCUCAGCUUUCGUUUCCAACUCAUGCUUUCAGUGUUCCACAGUUCACGAUCGUACCGUCUGCCAGAGUUUGGGGGUCGGUGAUUUAGCAGAAGGGAAAACCCACCAAACUUAACGUGCUGUUUCAUUAAGUUGACCCUUCAAGCUGAGAUUUCGAAAGCACCCCUGCAGAAUAGUCACUGGCCCGAGUCAGCGUUUCCUGAUGACUUUGAAAGUCCGUUUUUACCAACUCUUGAAAGCGGCCACAAGUGAGAACCGAAAUUCUGCAGUACUCCUUCAAACCGUUCGGCUCCCAUGGUAAAUGAUAGGCUGUAUUUUCAAACCUCCCAAAUAUAUUUUCAGGAUAGACUAACAUCGAAUUUUCCUUAUGUCCUUUUGUGUGUUUACAAAUCUAGAAUGUCUCUGGUAAACCAUUUCUCAGAAAGGCGUUGGUGAUUCUUAGUUUUUUUAGUGAGUGGAUGUGUGUGUGUGUACUUAUAUAUUUGUGUGCGCACACACGCACGGUCUCUCAUAAUAUUCCAGCCAAUCCUGAUGUCCAAAAAUCGAGAAUUCAAUUUAGGUGUUGACUCCCCUUGCCACCAUUUUUAUAAAGAAAGCCCCGAGGUCUCCAAGGCCUGAGAUUCCAGAGUGAUCAUCCCUGCUAGCAAGUCUGUAACACCUGGACCCAAAGCAGGUCCAGAAGACUGUCCCUUUUCCAAGAAAGGAAAAGGGGGCAAAGAAAAGAGAGAAUGAUGUUUUCUUUUAGUUUUUUAAUUUAUUCUUGAAUUUCUGUUUCUAAGGUAGAACGGUCUGGUUGAAGUUCAAGAUGUGGGUUGAUCCUUCAGUAGGAAAAUGCUGUGUAGGAGAAAGAAGGCCAGAUUUGAUCAAGAGUAGAAACUUCUGAAGGAUCGAUAAAAUUUUUGGCGUGACCCAAGUGUUUGGUAAAGUAUUUGAGGCCCAGCAUUUCGUGAGCCAGGCUUCAUUUUCAGGUUUCGCAGGAUGUUCAGUCCAGGCUGAUGAUCGAAUGAAGGGACAACGGGGCCUCUCGCCUUUCUCUCGUUACCCUAAAGGUGCUGAAGUUGAGAGUCCGGCAGUGGGCACUGACAGUAGCAAACCCCACGCCAUCCUGUGGGAAGUUGGAGCAGUCAGUGGAGCGUAUGGGGACACCUGUAACUCACAAGCCUAUGUUCUGUAGAGACACGCUCACUGCUGUCUGUCGUGUAGAUACCAUUUGCUUGAACUUGUUUUUGCACACAAGGUUGGUUUUCGUUUAUGAAAACGAAGAGGAUUUUGAAGGGUUUUUUUUUGUUGUUGUACUUGUUGAAGUAUAACUUAUUAGGGAAAGUAUUACAUUUAGUUCAGGUUGAUUUAAAGCAAGUGAAAAAUGCUGCAUUUUUUUUUUUUAAUCGAUGGUGCCAUUGCGCUGCUCCUCAUGGUAGAAGAAAGUGUUUCUUACGCUUCCUUUUUAGUCCUACAUGCUGGCAGAGUACAGAACGGAAAACCCUUCGUGCCUAAAACAUGAUCGAAGCUGUAGGCAAAAACUUUACUUCAGUUGAACAUUCAACAAUGUUUUACUUGCCAGAGGAGCAAACCGCUAGUUACCGUAACCUUUCUCUAAUUCCCAUUCUUGGCGGCCUAUGUAUUUUAGCGGCCUUUUUACAGUUAGCUCUUUGUUUCUUGGUGACAAAUUUAUUGCUGGCGACGUGCUUAUGUAUAAAUCUGAAUAGUCUCUUAAUUUUGUUUUGAUUUGGGAUUUGGGGUUGGUUUUUUUUGUCUGUCUCACAAAGAUAGCCACACAGUUCUCUCUCUUGGCUUUGAAGGACCCUCGUUUUUGCCAGGAAAAGAAGUCACCCGAAAACCCUGAAAUCUGGAUUAAAUUUCCACAUCAAACAGCACUAGUCAUGCUUUUGUCCCCAAAUCUCAGGAAUGUUUUAGGCAGUGACGCCCAUUUUCCCUGUUAAUGAUUUUGAAGGAGUAUGCUUUCAGAUCUCGUUUUAACAAUACUGUAUUUUCAUUGCAAUCCUAGGUAUCUAUAGCAUGAGUGGCCUUAGUGAGUUUGUUGAAGUGCACAUUUUUUUCAGAAGUAAAUUUUAAGAUAAAAAUAUAUACUAUAUAUAUAGAUCUAGAAAACUUGGUUUGUGGUGCACAAGUUAAGUAUUGGAUCACUAAACUAUUGCAGGUACCAUUUGUAUAGCAUUAUUCAUUUGUGUAUGUUCUUUUUAUGGGAAGCUCUGUUGCCAUGGUAACUAAAGCUAUAAUUUAGUUCUACUUUUAUGAUGUGAAUGAACGCUACAUUUUAAUAAAUAUUACCAUUUCAGUACUAUUUUUAUACUUCAUUGAGCUACAGGGGAAUUGAAAUUAAACGGGAUUCUAAAAAGAGCUGUUGCUUGAUCUAUUAAAAGCAAAUUACUGAAAACACCUUACAUGCGAAUCCCCACUAAUAGUGCCACAGGAAUUUAUAUAGACAUAUCUAGGUCUUUACUAAAUUUUGAAGACAGUUCUUUGUUGUGUCAAGAAUAUUUCGCACAGACUUGUAGUGCCCAUCCUUAUUUGUAACCAUCAGACCAUACUGAGUAUGUUUGUAACCAGCAUUGUGAUAUCUGUAAUUGUAUUGCUAAAAAUUGAAUUAUUGACCUAAUAAAUAUAGUGUUCCUGCA